CGCCUCCUCGGCCUCCCUUGGCAACCGUGCUCUGGGCUGUAGGGCAGGCUCCGCCUCCUCCGCGCAGGACGCAGCCUCGGGCCUGGGCCUCCCAAGAUGCAGCGCGCGGGCGGGAGGUUUGGAGCUUCCUUACUUGGUGCUUGUUUGCGGCGUCGGGGACGCGGCGGCUGCGGGACGCGGGACCUCCAGCUCAGAGGUAGACUCGGCGCUCUGCCUACUCAAUGGCAGUUGCUCUCAUUUCAUUUUUAGGUUUAAAAGCUUCAACUGGAAUCGGUUUGCAUUCGGAAAUUGCACCAACACAAAUCGGACUUGAUAUUGUGGAUUGACUAGCAAAUAAGCAAUGUCAUCUAAUGAACAAGAAAGGCUCUUAUGUUAUAAUGGGGAAGUCCUUGUUUUUUGUUUGUCCAAAGGGAAUUUUGUAGAUAAAGGGCCUGCAAAAAUAACCAUGAUACAUGUCAGAAGAAUGACAUUUGACAGAGGAACAGGAGUAUUUGUUCAGAAGUCCACUGGAUCCUUUAGCAUAAAAGAAGAAUACUCUCAUUUAAAAAUUAUGUGUUGCAACUCUGUUUCAGAUUUCAGAACUGGAAUUAAUCUGCCUUACGUUAUGAUACAGUGCAAUAAAGAGAAUAACAUUUUCAGAUACUUUCUACUAUUUCUUCACAGUACCAAUAAAUUUGAAAAGCGUUUGAGUUUUAGACUAGGCUAUGAAUUGAAAGACAGCAUAAGGGUCCUUAAUGGCCCUUUAGUUUUAUGGAGACAUGUCCAGACAUUCUUCUAUAUCUCUUCCCAAACUGGCAGAGUUGUUACUGUGUCCUUUAACUUUUCCUCUAUUGACUGGGUAGGGGAGAUUGAAAAUCUAGGUAUAGUUUUAUUAGGACUAAAGAGAUAUUAUUUAUCUGAGGAAGGAUGCACCCCGAAGCCUUCGAAAUCAGAUUACGCAACUUGGAAUACCCCAUUUUGUGUAUACUCCCUCGAAAGGGAAGAAGUCCUAAGUGACACGUACCUUAUCCCUCCCGUGUACAGCAGCGUGGUAACUUGUGUGCAUGUCUGCGCAACUGAGAUUGUCGACAACCAAUUGAGACUGUCUCUGAUUGCCCUUACUCAAAAGAAUCAGCUGAUUUCAUUCCAAAAUGGGACUCCUAAAAGUGUGUGCCAGCUUCCAUUUGAAGAUCCUUGUGCAGUUCAUCUUAUGGAUUCAGGUGGAGGAAACCUCCAUUUCAUCGUAUCCUUUAGGUCCAAUGAUGCUUGUGCUGUUAGGGCAAAGAACUUUCAGGUUGUCGAUAAAUGGGAGAAAAUGAGCUCAAUACUGGUAGAUGACUUUCUUGGAACUGGAACUGAACAAGUACUGCUACUUUUUAAAGACUCCUUGAGUUCAGAUUGCCUGAGUUCAUUUAAAAUAACAAACCUUGACAACAUAAACUAUUCAAGCCAACCAGUGGAUUGCAGUCAAGAUGACUUAUUUGACAACGAACAAGAUAAUUGCUCUUUAAUGAUUCCACCUCUGGAAAGAAGAUUGAAAGUUGGUUUCGUUUCUAUUCAGGAAUUACAGCAAAAUCUCUUGCUUAAGGAAAAAAUUCUAUCAAAAUCUUACAAAGCUUUUACAAACCUUUUUCAAGGGAAAGAUGAUAGUACACCAAGUGCAAAGGAGGACUAUCUUGUUACUCUUUGUGGCAAAGAAGAAAAUCCUGUCUGUACCUCUGAUGAAAAGUUGUCAGAAAAUUUUCAAGAUUCAAAACAGUUAGUAGAGAAGAUAUGGUAUCGUGUAAUAGAAGAUAGCUUGGUUGUUGGCGUGAAAACCACAUCUUCUUUGAAGGUGUCCCUGAGUCACGUGACUUUAUCACUGUCAAUGCAUCGAGCCUGUAACUCCAGCUUUCCAGGUAUUAAGUGUCAAAAUAGGGUGCUCCAGUUGAAUAGGAAUUCUUCCCCACCACCAUGCCUAGUGCCGUAUGAAGUACGAUCAGAGGUAAAAAGAAUCAAGUUGAGUGUUGAUAGUGAGCAAGAGGAAGAGAAGAAGGAAAGCCUUGUUUGUGAGCAGCCCUCUGAGAAAGACUGCGUACAGAUGAUUACUGCUGUGACAUCUCUUUCGCCGCUUUUAGCAUUCAGUAAUUUUUGUUGCAUAGUGCUGCUACAAAUUAGAGAGAGAGAGAAUGCGAACUAUUCCAAAGUUCAUUAUGUUCACUGUGGCAGAAUUUUUUUAAGUCUAGAAGAUCUUUCAAGUGGGAAAUACCUGCUGACAUUUCCAAAGAAGAAACCUUUAGAACACAUGGAAGAUCUCUUUGCACUUCUUGCUGUGUUGCACAGAGCUUGUUUUCAGAUUACAUCACGCAGCUAUGCUCUGACUUCAGUGAAGUCAUGGCUCCUAGAGCACAUGGAAUGUGAAGUAAUCAAGGAAUUUCCAGAAGUUUGCUUUUGCAAAAGGCCAGGAAAUUUCUAUGGAACAUUCUUCAGCUGGAAAGAAAGAACACCAUUUGAAGGGAUUUUAAUAGUCUACUUCAGGAAUCAGACAGUUUUGUUCCAGUGCCUUCAUAAUCUCAGCAGAGUUCUCCCUGUAAACAGUUUCUUCAAAAAUCUAAAAUUAGGAAGCGAAGAUAUCCUAAUUGAUCAUUUGACGUUAGCUUUGGAGAAGGAAUUGGUUACCCUUGGUUCUCUUUCUUCUGCCUCAGCUAAGGUUGAGAGCAACUUGGUACAGAGCUCUGAAGCAAGCGAAGAAAAGAGUAGUAAUGUGGCUGCUUCAUCAGACAGAGAGGAACGCAUCCAUCUCUACAGAGAAGAACUUCAGAGAGAAAAGCAGCAAACAUUGGGGACGAACCUAAAUGUGAGUGGUGCCCUUUACAGAGAAAUGACUUUGAAAUUAGCUGAGGUUCAGCUGAAAUCAGACCUUGCUGCCCAGAAACUGACUGAUUUAUAAUUACCGUCUCAAUUUGGUUAUAUUUUAGAAUAAUUUUUCCCUUCCAGAAUGUUUUGGUUCUACUCGUUUUCAUUUUCCUUGAUAGGCCUGCUCUGCAAAAAUAAAGAUUGAGGUUUAUUGUAGGA